CACCUCCCAAGAACCCUCCCACGAACCAUCCUCCUCCCCCAAAUUUCCAACCCUAUUUAACCCACAAUCCUCACUCCUCAUCUUCCACUCAAUCCCCAAUCAUCAUCAUCAUCAUCAUAAACACAGCACUGCAGGUGAUCGAUCCACAUUCAACAAUUUUCUGUGAUUGAAAAAGGGGAAAGGAAUGGACACAGUGAGCUUACCUGAUGAGUGUUCUGCGCUCGAACUCAUACGCCAGCAUCUUCUCGACGAUGGCGCCUUUGCCGAAACUUAUGGCAACAUUUCCAGGACUUCCAGCAAUUCCAGCUCUGUUAUCUCCGAAUUAACCAUGAAUUCAACCUCCUGUUCCUCGAUUGACCACAGCAAUACGCAAUUCAACCCUAAUUUCAGCUUCUCCGCUGUGAGUAGCCGCGCCUCGAGCAUUGAGUUCUCGAGUAAUUUUUAUACCCCCAAAUCUGAGGGCGAAUACCUAGAAUUCGAAAUGAAACCACAAAUUGGAACCAAUGAGACCUCGAUUAAGCGGAAGAACUUCACCGAACGGAAGCCUUCUCUCAACAUAGCGAUUCCAACUCCGAGCGCGACGGCGACCGUCGAUUGGAGUCGAAAUCCAGCCGCCGCCGCUGCGGCGGAGCCGAACGUGACGAAUGAGGAGUAUUCCGCUCAGCAGAGGCACUACCGCGGCGUCAGGCAGCGGCCGUGGGGAAAAUUCGCGGCGGAGAUACGAGAUCCGAAUCGGAAGGGAACUCGCGUUUGGCUCGGUACGUUCGAUACUUCCAUUGAAGCAGCCAAAGCUUACGAUAGGGCGGCGUUCAAGCUUAGAGGCAGCAAGGCGAUACUGAAUUUCCCGCUCGAAAUCGGAUAUUCGAAUCCGCCGGUGACUCCCGCCGCACUCGGCUGCCGGAAAAGGAGCAGAGAAACUCCGAUCGAACAGAAGCAGAAGAAACAGAUCAAGCGAGAAGAAGUUAAAGCGGAAGGUGAAUUUCCGUCGACGGCGGUUCCAUUAACGCCGUCAAGUUGGACGGCCGUUUGGGACGGUGGAGACGAGAAAGGCAUAUUCGAAAUUCCGCCGUUAUCGCCGUUAUCACCGAUGAUUGUUAUUUAAAAUUUUAGAAUGGACCAACCAAAUGCACCUGACAGUAAAAAGUCCGGGGUGGUUUAGAAAAUUGCAAAAAAGUCCGUUAGGAAAAGAUAAUUAGUAGACUCUUCCCGGGUCUUAGAACAAUAUGUGGAUAUUUGCGAUAUGCUUGGAUUUGUUUAUUCGUUCGUUGUGACGACAGCACGCUUCUUAUAUGAGAGUAGCGACUUCUGUAUUAUUUUAAUUUAAUUUUUUAAUGGAAAAUACGAUUUAGCCGAG